CAAACGAGACAAACGCAGAACUCAUUCAUUGGGAAGCUGCGAACCAGCGCAGGAAUAUGUACGCCAACCUUCGCUACAGAAAGUCGGCCGUUUUUGGGGGAGACGACAGCUCGGAGUCUGUGUCGCUGGGCUCGGUGGUGUCGCUGGCGCUGCCGCCGCUGCCCGCGUGGGGGCUGCCGCGGCCCAGGGCCCCCACCACAGACUCCCGCCGGCAGCUCGUCGAGUUCCUCGCCUGCCUCGCCGCCACCACCGUGCUGGCGGUGGGCGUACUGAGCGCGGCGACGGGCUGCUGGCUGCUGCCGGCCAAGCUGUCGCUGUGCCGCGUGGUGGGCGCGUGGCGGCUGCCGCUGUGCGCCGGGCUCAUGCUGCUGGCCGGCGCGCUCGCCGUCUGCCUCGCCGCGCUCGCCUGCCUCUCCCAGCACGGCCAGGGCUACUGGAUGUUCAUCCUGUCGUUGGCGAGCCUGGCGCUGGUGAUGCUGGUGGGCGGCGCGUGGCAGACAGUGGAGCAGCGCGCGGCGCUGGCGUUCGUGCCCGCCGCCCACGGCGCCACCAGCCUGCCGCCCCCCGCCGCCCCGCUGCCCAGCGGCCUCGUGCUGGUGCCCGGCGCCGCCAGGGACUCGAUGGGCGCCGUCAUGCGCGCUGCCCUCACCAGAUAUUCCGCAGACCUCCGGCACUCGUGGGACAGUCUGCAGAGAUCGUUGCAGUGCUGUGGUGUAGACAAUUAUAGUGAUUGGCUGAAUGUUCAAGAUUCUGUCCCUUGUUCCUGUCUUGCGACAGAGAACUGCUCAUCUACAUCAUACUUUGCCCAGAGCUGCCUGGAUGUGGCAGCAUUGGACUUAGCAGCAACAGCUUCUUUCCUGUGUGGAUUUAUUUCUGUAGCCAUCACUACUCUGGCUCUGGUGCUGCUGCUUGCAACUUGGAGGUAUGCAGCAGAGAGAAAUAUUCAUCCCGUAACUCCUCGAAUGAGCAGCUAAUAUGUUGGAACUUUGCUUGUCUUGAUUCUCAUUUCCAGAAAAAAAAGUGUGACAAUGGUGCUAAUACAUAAAGUCAAGUGAUAUGUAUACCUGAGUUAAUUUGUUUACAUAUUUUUCCCAACUGGCAUCAAAGUUGUGCUCAAUGAUAGCAAAGAAAGAAUAAUCACCUAUUGAGAAAAUGUAUCCUUGCAUUCAAAUUUAAGGUAACCUUGUUACUACAUGUAAUGUGGUGCAAUAAAUUUAUUUCCAGGGA